AUGCUCGAUCUAGGCCUCGCAGGCCAGGGUAUUGGAACACAGAAUUCACACAAGCCGGAAUACUACGACGAAGAGUCGUCCAGUCCUGUAAGGAAUGCCGUGCUGCAAAGACAAAGUGUUCUGGUCAGUCUGUCUGCGCGCGUUGCUCUGAGAAAGGCCUUGACUAGUGAGUUCGAAGAUUUCAAUCAAAGCCGAAGGCUCCAGAUGCCAAUUCCAGGAUCAUCUUUAUCUUCACCUGCGGUUAAUAGCACGGCGAACUCGCUUGCAUGGCUACACGCCCCAGAGCUUCCAGAUGGCGAGAGGCUGAGAACUUUGGUUGAAGAGUAUUUUGCUCAUAUCCAUCCGUUAAGGUGCAAUGGGUUCAUACACAAACCAUCAUUCAUGCGACGCUUAGAUGAAGAUGUGGAUUCAUGUCGUCAGAGCGAGUCGUUGCUUCAUAUUAUCUGCGCAUUGGGCGCAAAAUUCUUCGCUCUAAAUUACACUUCCCAACUAUCACCUGAGGCAAUCCUCAUGGCCGGAAACCAAUGGGCCAAAAUUGCAAAAGCUAGGAUAUUUGUGGACAUGGAUGAUUUAUCUUUAGAAAAGCUGAUGACCGCCAUCUUACUAUAUGACCAUGAUCUUCGGAUUGGAAGCUACGCCAGUGCUUUUAUGUUGAGCGGCAUGACAGCAAGGAUGUCUCAAGCAUUGCAACUGAACCUUGAAAACUCAGCAGAUGUACUUUGUCAAAAAUCAGAUUCAACUACAGUUACCAGUGAGACUAGGCGGCGGCUCAUGUGGAGUUGCUAUUUGCUUGAUAGUUGGGUGGGGAGCGGUGUCAACCAACUCACCCUACUUGAGGAUCGCGAUUUAAAAAUUCAACUUCCGUGUCAUAGUCAGAAUUACACACUAGGUAUUCUCUGCCUCACAGAAACGUUACAUGAAGGGGAAACACUGAGCUUCAUUCCCCGGGACCAAGUACCCCCAGACCCUUCCCAAAACAUGGGCAUUGAGGCGUAUUUCAUUCGGCUUGUCAGUAUCCGAAAGAAAGUACUACGCUAUGUCAAGCAUCUCGAUACAGCAAAGCCCCCAUGGCAAGAAGAUUCCGAAUUCCAAUUGCUAUCUGCAGAGUUUGAAAAUAGCCGUCUUUCUCUUCCCAAAAGCUUGUACUGGAACUCUGAAGCGAUAUAUGCGCGAAAGGAAUCCUCCCAGCUAGGGGCCUUGGCACUAUUAUGGUGCACUUUUCACCAAACAUUGGUGGAUUUAUAUCGUAUUGGCAUGCCGGCUCUAUUUCGCCUUCAGAAGGAAGUGAAAUUUCCGCCUGAACAACAGGAGUUCCUCCAGCACUGUCGCACAUUCUGUUUUGAAAAUGCCCGCCAAGUUUCCAGAAUCAUAUUAGAGGCAUUAAGAUACGGCCUUAAAGUUCUCGCUGAUUCGUGGAUAUGUAUCAUCGCCCAUGACAGCACCAAGGUUAUGCUCCAUUAUUUAACGCUGAAUAAAAAGUCAACUGAUUUUCAUCAACGUGAGGUGAACGAUACAAUCUCAUUGGUGCAAAGUAAUCUUGAUGCGUUGCUACAGAUGAGGUCUAUUGUAGCAACAGCGGAACAUUGUUCACUUUCGAUUGUUAAAAUGAUGGCAGCAGCUGGUAUUCAACCUGAGGUCGGACUGCAAGCCCCCGCGAAUGACCUGUCACGAGAGGAAGAAGAUGCGUCCUCUCCCAUGCAAUCAGCUCAAGAAUCCCCGGAUAAUGUUCUUAACCCACUAGCCAUAUAUCGUAUGGCUCGAACAGCCUUGCACGAAAAGGACACCCAAUCAUCAGCGUCACAUUCACCAUCAACACAUAAUUCUGCCUCUCCAAGAUUCGCCUCCGGGCCAAUUCACUUCCAGCCUAGGCCAAGGCCACAAGUGCAAGCUCCAGAAAUCACACAUGACCAUAAUGGGGAGCAAAGCCAAGGGUCCCUUCAAGGAAGCAAUGGAGCUCCUAUUAUGGAGUCGUUCUGUAUACCUCCCAACCAGAGUAGGGACGACACAUCUUCAAUGUUCAAUGCUAUAGACUCACUAUCAGGCCCUGGUAUCGGAGGUGUAUGGGAUCCAUCAGACUUAGCGUUCAUGGACAUGUUAGAUGGAGGAAUGACUCCAUGGACAGCCGAUUAUCUGACAGAUGGGCAGUCCGGAGUGGAUCCAUUUCUCUUCCCUUUCUAA